UCGAUUAUACACAUGGCCAGUUACCCGUCUCAUUAAUCUACCAGAGAUAACAGAUGUGGAUGACACCAAGAUCAAACCGACAGACUUUUAACUAAGAAUUAGGAGCAAAUAUGCUAUGCAUAUUUGGGGGCCGCAGUGUAAGAAAGGAUUCCUAUUCAGUUGUAUUUCCACGCUUCACCACUAGAGGCAGACAUACAGUUUACCAAGCAAUGACAAGCUACCUAUGACAUCACAGUGCACCGUCCUCCAUCAAGAGUAUAAAAGGCCAGAACACGGAGCCGCGGCAUGCAUUCUGUAUCACGCAACCCACUGAACAGCAGCAAGUAGAAGACAGCAAGAAUCACCUUGUAUACAAUCAAUUCUAUACCCAGUAGAGUGUCCUGUAUCGUGUUUUUACUGACACGCUGGGGCGAGUACAAUCCCCUAAUUAGCGCAAACCAGAUAGCAAGAAUACUUAUAUGGUCCUUUGAGCUAGAGAGGAAACUUCUUAACAAGUGUACUGUAUUAUCUAUGAUCAUACACGUUUGUAAGAACCACAAGCUAGAGAGGCUAACGGAACACAUGCAGAUAUGAAGAUUCAAAUUGUAAGACUGCUAUACAUCUUUUUUUCGUCAUCUUUCCUUAUUGCACUGCUUUGGCACUACUAUAGUCAGAGGGAUGCAGCUCCCAGCACUCCACACAGCGUUACAAAUAAAAAUCCUGCAAUAAACAAGAAAAAUGACAGUUCUUACAAGCUGUUAGGAAAUGACAUUUUCAAAUGGGAAAAACAGGAGAACAACAUUCAAUCAUUCAGGUCACUUCUCAGCAGCAGUUGCAAUGCGAUUUCCAAUGCAGUGGUUACACAAGAGAACUCGCCUGUGGGAACAAAUAUUUCUUAUGAUGCAGCUAAAAAAAAAGCAAGAGUGACACCAAACCUCUUUGACAUAUUCCCCAAGGAGAGCCCCUUUAAAAAAGCACCAUGGGAUACAUGUGCUGUAGUUGGCAAUGGAGGCAUCUUAGCCAAAAGUGGUUGUGGAAAACAAAUCGACUCUGCCUCAUUUGUCAUCAGGUGUAAUCUUCCUCCAGUGAGCAAUGCACAUGAAAAAGAUACAGGAAACAUAACUAACCUUGUUACAGCCAACCCUAGUAUCCUCUUUGAAAAGUACCGAGCAUUAAAUUUCCGUCAGCGGCGAUUUGUGACGGAUAUGCAGGUGUAUGGGGACUCUCUAUUCCUUCUGCCGGCCUUCUCAUUUCAACAGAAUACAGCUGUUUCUCUGCGUGCCCUCUACUCACUGUCAGACUUCAGCAACAAUGGUCCACGGGCCAUUUUUUUUAACCCGAGUUACCUGAGGAAUCUGACAGGCUUUUGGCGUGGACAGGGAAUUCGAUCAGUGCGCCUUAGCACUGGUAUUAUGAUGGUCAGCUUGGCACUGGAACUGUGCAACAAUGUCAACCUCUAUGGCUUCUGGCCCUUUGGAACACACCCACACACCCACCAGCAACUCAACAAUCACUAUUAUGAUAACAAACCAACAAACAAGAGAAUGCACUCCAUGCCAGUUGAGUUUAAGGUCUUGCAGAAUCUCCAUAACAUGGGUGUGAUCCACGUGCACCUAGGGGAAUGCACAAAUGAGCAAGAAUAGAACAUUUAUAUGUCAACAAAGGUACUACUUCAUAUAAAGACACAUCAAGAUGAAAAGAUUUAGGGAUAUAUAGUUUUUUCUCAUUGUUUCCUCAAGGUAUUGUUUUCUGGUAGAAAACUUUUUUACAUUCACACUUUAAAGGCUUGACUUUAAAGAACUCAGAGUUUACAGGUAGAAAAGAGCCUAGACCUAGUCAUGGUUUAUUGUAAUGUGUUUCUUUUUUCCUCCUGGUAACAAGUUUACCAACUAUCUUAGAAAAGAGGUCUUAAUUUUUUUCAUGUUUUAGGAGAAACACACUCCAAAGAGUGUUUCUAUAAAAGAAGUGAAUGUAAAGAUGCUUCAGGAAUUAUCCGGAAGUUUCUUUAGACAGUAAAACAAUUGAACAAUUAGAUAUAAAAAGACCAAAGUUGACUGCAAAGAGAAUCUGCAGAUUCUGCACAAUCUAGCAGCCAGUUCUAUUUUAUCUACAGUUUUGUUGCUAUUAUGUGCUUUAGAAUCAGAAUUAAGGAAGCUGCUGCAAACAGAGUGAACAUUCUUAUCAGCACUGUCA